UUUAGUGGAGGAUACGAGCGCGCUAGCUUGUGAAGCGCGACAGACCAGCUCGUACGCGCAGCCUGUCUACGGUGGAAAGUUUCCUAAACCCGGCUGCAGUGUGGAGAGGACCUCGCCAAACUUUUUGGACACUACCGCCAUGGAUGCCUUUCGAGCAGUAGCGUUUUACGCGCUCUUCGUCUUCCUUUGGAAUUUACCGUGUUUCCAGUCCGCUGCUCUCAUCUCCUCCACCGCGCCGAGAAGAAACCGGGGGACCAGAGUCCCGUAUGACGGACCAGCGUCACACAAAUUUCUCAAAGAAAUCUUUGCAUCAUCUCCCGGUCUCAGCCGCCACCGGGACGAGUUCAAAGACGCUGUCGUGCCGCAUGAUUACAUGAUCUCCAUAUACAGGACAUAUUCUGCAGCUGAGAAACUGGGCAUAAAUGCGAGUUUUUUCCGGUCUUCAAAGUCUGCCAAUACCAUAACAAGUUUUGUGGACAGAGGAAAAGACGAUCUCUUGCACUCUCCUUUGCGAAGACAAAAGUAUCUGUUUGAUGUCUCAACCCUUUCAGACAAAGAGGAGCUGGUCGGAGCUGAAUUAAGGAUAUUUAGAAAAGCUCCCGGGGCUUUCCAAACGUCAUCGCCAGGUCUCUACGGCAUCCACUUACUCCCUUGUCGAUCAGAGAGGCUGUUGGAUUCCAGAACCAUUGAUCUACAGGAAUCCAGAAAAUCCGGCUGGGAAGUUUUGGACGCUUGGGGAAUGUUUAAAAAUCGACAUCAUCCGAGCCAGGAGAACCAGCUUUGUCUUCAGCUCAAGGGCACCACUGGUAAAUCAGAAACGGAAAUCGACUUGAAACCGUUGGGUUUUGACAGGAACGGUCGCUCCCAGCAAGAGAAGGCUAUCUUGGUGGUUUACACGAGGUCACGGAAGAGGGAGAACUUGUUCAAUGAAAUGAAAGAGAAGAUUAAGUCUAGGGGCUCACGGUGGUCCGAGGCGGAGGAGAGCGGCCUGCAGUUCAAAGCCAGGCGCAGGCGGAGGACCGCGCUGAGCAACCGUCACGGGAAGAGGCAUGGGAAAAAGUCCAAGUCGAGAUGCAGCAAAAAGGCGUUGCACGUCAACUUCAAGGAGCUCGGGUGGGACGACUGGAUCAUCGCCCCUCUGGAUUACGAAGCCUACCACUGCGAGGGCCUGUGCGACUUUCCUUUGCGUUCGCACCUUGAGCCAACUAACCACGCCAUCAUUCAAACUCUUAUGAACUCCAUGGAUCCCAACAGCACUCCCCCGAGCUGUUGCGUCCCCACCAAACUGAGUCCAAUCAGUAUACUGUACAUUGACUCUGGUAAUAAUGUAGUGUACAAACAGUACGAGGAUAUGGUGGUCGAACAAUGCGGUUGCAGGUAGCGUCUUGAGUAUUCCCCUAAAUUGAAGGCAUCCUACUUAAAAGAAAAGCAACAACUAGCCACAACAGCGUAAAAAUAAACAUUACACCUGAGUCGUGCAGAGAGAGAAAAGCGCAAAUGCAACAGUCUGAAAACUCACUUUCACGCUACAUGAAUGUGGGCCUAUCAUCCAAAAGGGAUCCUUACAUAGAAUGCAUUUCUUGCCGUAUAAACACGACUAUUUAUUCUGUCGAUUUAAGCUCUGUCAAAUAUCACAAUAACCAUGACACUAUGUAGUAUACGAUGAAAAUCAAAAUCAUUUCCUCAGCCGCUCUGAUCUUAGUUCUGGAGUCAAAUUGUGUGAAAAUACCUCCCCUUGGACCCGCUAUCAGACA